GGAAAAAGUCAGUCAAAGUUUUUAGUAUUUUGUGAUUAUAUUCGCCUUCAUUCAGUCGGAAACUGUUGACUAUGGUAGACACACACAAGACGUGAAACACCCCUUAUACAAAAAAGACGAGGGUACAUGUCAAAAACAAUUACAGAGCUGCCAGACAACCACAAUAUAAGCAAAACAGGAGACCCCAUCAGGGAGACGAGGAGAAAUCUAUGGAGGCGGAGCAGGAGGGAGAGAAGGAAAUGAAGAUGGUUCUUCGCUGUCCUCCGAUCUACCCACUGCCUGAAGAGAUAAAACAGAUGGAGCGCAGUGAGACAGUGUGUCGUUACUGCGGUGUAAGCUACUUAAUUUUCCACGAGUUCCAUCAGCUCAACACCCGGCUGGCUCAGUUGGAGGAAGAGCUCCAGGGACUGAGAGAGACCACCCAGAGAGAGAAGGCCCAGCGAGAGGCACUGGAGCUGGGCAGGCUGGAGUGGGAGAGGGCGUUCCACCUGGAGGUGCAGAGACAGACAGAGGAGAAUGAGAAAAGCACAAGAGAAGAGUUAGAAGAGAGGAACAAAGACACAAAGAGAGCUCUGAGAGAGGAGUUUGAACAAAAGAACGAGAAGACGAGGCGAGAGAUGAAAGACGAGUAUCAGAAAAUUAGUGAAGAAAAAGAGAGACGACUUAGAAGAGAGCUGGGAGACCUGGAGGAGGAGACACUGAGGAAGCAGCGAGAAGAGCUGGAGAGGAGGUCUGAGGAGAGGGAGAAAGUUCUGAGUGACGCACUUCAAAAGGCCAAUAAAAAUUUAGACGAGCUGAGAAAAUACUUCCAACAGCUGGAAGAGAGGCUGGCAGUAGCGGCUACCACGAAGGAGGAGGCAGAGCAGUUACUUGGAAAAGAGAAGCUUCAAGGUGAAAUUCUCAGAGGAGUGUGUGUGCAGCAGAAGCAGGCCCUGCGAGCGACUUUCUCUGUGCUCCGAUCCACUGCCAGAGAGCUCACAGGUGUACGGGGUUUCCUCAGCCAGCUGAUGGGGGUCUGGCAGGCCUUCAGAUCUCAGAUACUGCAGCACAGCACACAGGUGUUCUCAGUGCUGAGAGAUGAGCUGAAGCAUUCCAGUGUGGAGUUACAGAAAAUGAGAGAAGAGAAAGAGCGCCUAGCACAGCAGCUGAUGGAGCAGAGGAAUCAGAGUGAGGAGCAGCUGUCCCAACAGAAACACUCUGAGAAUGAGCAACUACUCAGGUUAAAAGGGGAGUUGGACGAUAAACACGAGAGGUUGUUGUCAUGCCAACGAAGGUGUGACACCAUACAGGAGCAGCUGUCGUCAUGGCAGCAGAGAGAGGGACAAAUGAGCCGGAAGUGCUGCGCAGCUGAAGAGGAAGUGACGCGACUGAGGGAAGCUCUGGAGAAGGUCCAGCAGGAAACAAGAGAGCUGAGGCGCGAAAGGGAGAUAUUGAUAGAGGCUCAUGGCAGAGCCCUGACCGAGAUGGAGGAAGACUGCAGACAGCAAAUGAUCCCAAAGCUGGCUGCUGCCCUGGAAAAGCAGAGAACUCAGCACACAUUGCACCUGAGGGAGCAGAUGGAGGAGCUUCGCAGGGAGGCGGAGUUAGAGCUGACAGUUGACAAGGAGAAGAACCAACUUCUGCUUCUACAGUACCAGCGAGACGGCGCACAGCUUCGGCUGAAGCUAGAGGAUAGACAGCAGGUGCUACAAGGGCUGCAAGAUGAGCUGCAGGAGGAGAGGAGAAACAGGGUGGAGCAGAGGAGGAGGACAGAGGUGGAGAUACACCAGGAGCUGCAGGGCUCCCGACAGCAGGAGGCGCUACAGCUGAGCCAAGCUAAAGCUGAUCUACAGCUGGUGACUGAGAGGAAUGCUGAACUUCAAGAAGAGGUGGCGUUACUCCAGGAGACAGUAAGAAGGGAGUGUGAGGAGAGGGAGGAGCUGACUGCUGCUCUGUCUCAAGCUCAAGAGGAGCUUCUUGGGCUGCGGUCCCUGGCGUCUCAUCAGGGCUCCUCCUGGUCUUCUCCACAAAACCCCAUGGAGAGUCAAACAACCCCGGGGAACAAGCAAUUCCAUCUCCAUAGUCAAACCCGGAUACCUCUCACUCGCUCUUUAAACUCCCCAAACACACUGCGACCCUCCCCUGCCUGCACAGACAAAGACAGAGGCCAGGGCGCAGAUGGAGGAGGAGCAGGGAGGAGUUUUGAGUCUUGGAAUCGUGGUGGAGAAAAAAGACGAGAGGGGACACUGCCCAAACUGAAGGCCAGCAGUACAGUGAGCAAAGUCAAACGUAAGGUCAGUUUAGCGAUGGAGAGGAAGGAGAGACGGUAAAAAGCAAUCUGAAUGAAGGGCCAUAUACUGUAUGUAUUACACGUAGACUGUAUAUAAAGAUGUGCAACGCAUCGCCACUUUCUCCCACUGUACAGAAGUGAAGCCAAAAUAUAAUAAAUAAAUAUAACUGAUAUCUUGAGAUUUUAACAUGAUUUGGGGCCAGAGUUUG